AUGGAUUCAACAGGUCUGUCUUUUACUUUCUAAAGAUCAAACUUAUUCACUUCCUUUCACUCUGAGACUGUGAGCUGUCUGUGAGUGCAGUAAGGCCAGACUCCUCAGACUGGACUGUCUUGUUCUUGGAAAUGUUUAGUGGCUCUUUUUUCAGGUUUUCUUAAAUUGCCGUUUGUUUCUGUCACUCUGCCACAUAUUGAUCUCUCUGCUUUUUUCUUCUUUUUCCAGUUGAUUGCUAACAAACUCUAUCAAGUGGCUUAAUUUUUUCCAGAAACAGCCAGCAUACCCAGGGUUUGAAAAAAGUAGCUGAUGUUGGGGGUUCAAAGCAAAAAACUUUACUGCUAGUGCUGUGUCUAAGUGCCUUUAUUUAACUGUUUCUUAAUGUCAAGUAUGUCAAAUUUAAGUUGUAUAUUAUACUGCUGUACUCUGAGCUCUAUGUGUAAAAGCGACCUUUACCCCAGUCUGGUAAUAAUAAUUGCUGUGCUAUUAUACCAUACUGGGUGUGUGCUGCACGAAGCCGAAGGCUGCAGGGUAGAUUUGUCAGCUCAGGAGCAAAGGUCUGUUUGUCCUCCAGCUAACGAUUUACACCCUCUGUCAACCCUCCUGGGUUCAUGUGUGACGGCGCACACUGCACAGUCACUGACUGCACCAAAGAAGAGGAUGCAGCUUCCUGGUUUGCAGAGUGAAGACUCUAUGGAAGUCCCACAUGCAUUCUUAUUCAUGGCCAGCAGGGAGCAACUACACCAGUAGCUAUAUCUCGAACUAAGUUUAAAGCUGCUGCAAGGAACUUUUGGUUUGUUCCGGUUCUGCCACCCCCUGUGAUACCACUUAUCUCUAGUCUUGUACAUGUAAAAUUAAUCUUCUCAGACAGAAACCUCAUGCUGUUGUCUAUUUACAGUGAAAAUUAUCAUUCACUUUUAGUAUUUGCAAUAUAAUAAAAUGUAAAGGUUUGAGCCUUUGCAACUAAGGCAACAGCACUCUUGGCAAAAUAUGGUCAUUUUUGGCCCCAAAGAACCAAGAUUCAGUGAUUUAAAAGGCUUUUUAUGGAUUAACCAAAGAUUUCAGGAUGAUCACAAACACUUAUAAUGGCAAAGACUUAACUCUCCAGAUUGCAGCUCCAAUGCUGGUCUUACACCAUGUUUUCUCUAAACUUUUCCUACAAAGAGACUCCUUACCAAUACGACACAAAUGGUAAGAAGCUGUACCUGAUGAAAAAGAUAUUGUGAUAUAAAGUUAAUUAUUUAUAAAUAUAGUAGGAGACCGUAAAUUGGUUUGCCAAGUUGAAGUUGAUGUAGGAGAUUAUUUUCCCACUAUGUAGUUCCUCUGAUAGACUGUCCUCUGACCUCCUGCUUUCUGCCUCAGACCAUGUGACCCAAUAUUAAGUCAUGAAUAACUCAUUAACAUCUUCAACCGCUGACUUGAACUGCUAGAGGAAGUGUUUAUUAGUGAGUUAUUAACAUUCAUUUCUACAGAGGAUUUACUUCCUGUUGGUAAGACAAGGAGAACUUUAAAAAAAUAAAUGAAACCAACAUUUCUGCACACACUUGCUCCUGAACAUGCAAUAAUAAGAAAGAGGGGAAAAAAAUUGGCAAUUUUGCGAGGGAAGUCCCUGUAAAAUCAAGAGGACCCUUUUUGUCAGAGGAUCAAUCAUUAUGUGACUGAUAGUCUUGGCAAAGAUUGAAACAGUGUUGAAAUUCUGGCACAGAUCCUUCCUUUCUAUUUUUAACGGGGUCAACGUGUCAAACUCCAGGUUGGGAUGACAUAAUCUGCAGUGAUGCAUCAAAAUCAAAUGUAUGUCACUGUCCUAUACUUUGCCCUAAAGGUGUCAAGUCAACAUAAACUUUCAGAGUCUUUACAUUUUUAAGUAUCAUCCUGGCUGAGUCAUGCUUAGCUAAUGAUGCUUUGUCAUCUAAAAUCAAGUCUGUGUUGCAAGCAGUGGCCUUCCUCCGAGUGGUGCGAGUGGGAGGGAAGAUGAGAUGAAGGGGGGAGAAGAGGGGUCAUAGGGUCACAAUGAAAGGGAGAGGCUGAGCCAUGCAUGUUCAGGUGACAUUACUCCAGGAGUCCACAACCUGAGCACGAGCAAGGAUAAAACAAGGGACGAGACCUGCAGACUUCUCUUAAUAGUCCUUUAAAUUAUUACCAAUUACAGAGGGAGGAACUGCUCGACUGUGGAUUUGUAUCAUAAGAAAAAUGGAUAAAAAUAUCAGAACUGGUAGGUGAAUGAGUGAUUUCCUUCUAGAUUAAGAGCACAAAAUAAUUUUUGUGAACUAUUGCAGAAUUUGUGGAGCAUUAAUGAGCCAAAAGUGACUGUUUUUAAUUAUAACUGGUGAGAAUUAAGAAGCUUUGUAUCCUCCUUAUUCCUGUGGCUGAUCUUUCAUUUUUCCCAAAGCUCUCACAAUAUGAUUGCAAAGUAUCUACUUACUUAAAUCUAUUAAAUUCCUCAGUGUCUCAUUUAUUUAAUUGGUCAUAUAUUGAUCUACUGUUCUGUGCUUUUGAACUUUAGUGCCGAGUCAUAGUUUGAAAAAAAAUCUGUUCCCCAAUCGAUUUCACUCACACACAAGCUGACCUGCAAAUGUUCCUGCAGGAAUGUGACCCUCUGCAAACGGGUCCCACCAAUCAACCGGUUCACCUCUCUUAUCAGUCAUAAAAGUGUGCAUGCAUUGACACUGUGCAACUGUCUUUGACCUGACGUCUGCUUUAUUUAUAGCCAGCCUUCCAGUAACAGGUACCUGUACAUGUGUGUGUGUGUGUGUGUGUGUGUGUGUGUGUGUGUGUGUGUGUGUGUGUGUGUGUGUGUGUGUGUGUGUGUGUGUGUGUGUGUGUGUGUGUGCACGCUGUGAGAUGUGUCAGAGGAGGAUCUCAGCGGGACACGUAAUGAUGUGUGCAGCAGUGAGGCAGAACUGGGUCACAGGGAGGUAGACAAAGAGAAAAAGACACAGAAAGCUACUAAAUCCACAGGAUGUAGGAGCGAGCCAUUAACACGAACCUGUCUCCAGUUUCCCCUGCAGACAUCAAGCUUUGAUAUAUUUUCUAUUUAGCGUGUCCUCUCACUAAAGAGUGCUUUGACUUUUUGGCAAACAGUUGUGAUAUUGAAGGCAAAAAGGUCUGACAGGAAGACAAAAUCUUAAACAGUUGAUGAAAAAUUAACAAAAAUGUUGUUGUUUUUUCAACCUCUUUGAUUAAUAGAAAUCCUUGUUGCAUUCCUCCUCACUCUCCAGUCUUCAUCCUCUCCUCCUCUUCUGUCUUCAUCCCUUCACACCUGUUGCUGUGACCUCCUCUCGUCCUCUCUUUCUCUGGUCAGUUCUCUGUCCUCUUCCCUGUGGGGGCAGAAUUUGAAGGUGCAUCCGACUGUGAUAUCCUCCAAAAUACUUCCAUUUGUCCUGGCUAGAAGUGUCCGCUCAGGUUUAUUGCAUCAGUACUGACAUGUGUAAUAGCACAGUACGAUAUACUGUCAUCUGUAGCUGUAUGAUUCAGGAUAUAAAAGGUAAAAAUGUGGACUUUUUUAAGUGGGCUAUAAUUUACUAGUUUCGAGAGACUUUGUUUUGGGUAGGGUUUGAAGAUUGUUGAUGAAUUGAUAGGAAACAGAUAGAUACAUUAGUAUUUUUAAUAGAAUAAUGAUUUUAACCCUCUGGGGUCCUUAAAAAAAGUUACGUUGGGGUCCUUCGGUGGACAAAAAUGUCCAUCGAAGGACCAAAACCUAACUUUAAAAAAAAAAAAACUGACAAUACAUAAAAAUAAUAAUCCAUAAAAUUUAAUGUUGUUGUUAUUUCUUGACAUAUCACAGUCCUUGAUUAAAAAAAAAAUUUAAAAAAAGAAAUUCCUGUCCAGCAUCAAAUAUAUGGAAAAUGACUCCAAAUUCCUUUUUUUCCCAUUAAAAAUGUAAUCAAACUGGUAUUUAAAGGGUUAAAAUUCUGAACAUAAAUUAAUAUUUGAUCGAUAUGAUCAGGACUGAAGUUGAUUAAAAGAUUUAAGCAAAAGAAGUGGAAAAAAAAUUAUAUAAUAUUUCUAUAGCGCUUUUUUUUAUCUCCAUGUUUGAUUCUUGAUUCAUCCUGUUCACACUGUUUUUCUUACCACUUCCUGCAUGUAGCUGAUUUGUAUUCACAGGUGGUCUUGGCUGUGGAGCUUUAUGGCCGCCUCAACCCCACUGACAGCAUUUCUGUGUCUAUCUAGCUCGCAUCAGGCGCUACUCAGAGUUGAUGACACUUCCAGACUCCUUCAUUCAACGCCAGCAGUUGGACGCCAGCAUGGCCGACACCUUCCUCGAGCACCUCUGUCUGCUGGACAUCGACCAGGAGCCUAUCACGGCACGCAACACCAGCAUAAUCUGCACCAUUGGUGAGUGUGACCAGCGGGCACAGACAGUAAGUCUCAGAUUCAAGUUUGUUUUCUGGCGUCUGAUGUAAGUCGUCACUGGCAGCGUGUCAGACUGGGUGCUGGGUGGCCUCGAGUGUGUUGGCAGGGUUUGAUUCUUGACUGUGGCUCAUCGGAGCUUGGCCUGUUCUUCUUCUGCACAGAAAGAAAGAGAAAAUAAUUAGGAGAAGAUACAUGAUUCAAAUUUCUUUUCAGCCGCUCCAAGUUUCAGGAUCUCCAGAAAUCGCCUCUGCUGGAAAACACAGUUAUUUCCUGACUGCCAGGUGAAAGACUUGUUUCCAAAAUGUUCAAGUAGGAAAUCUAAGUUCAAGCUUAUAUGACUGGUAGCCUUAACAUCAUUUAUAAUAAUAAUAAUAACAACUUAGUUUUAUAUAGCGCCUUUCAAGUAACCCAAGGUCGCUUUACAAAAGGAGAUGGGGCUAGGGGAUAGAGGAGAGAGGAGGGGAGGGGGUAGAAGUGGGGGUGGGGGGCGGUGUGGUUAAGGACCAUAGGCUUCAGUGAAUAGAUGUGAUUUCAGAUGCUUUUUGAACGUAGCCAGUGUGGGGGCCUGGCGGAGAUGGAGGGGCAGACUGUUCCAAAGGGUGGGGGCAGCAACACAGAAGGCCCUGUCACCAAAGGUCCGUAGCCUGGUGUGGGGAAUGACAAGCUGGUCCUUGCCAGAGGACCUCAGGGACCUUGAUUGGGAGUAAUGCUGGAUGAGAUCAGAGAGGUACUGGGGAGCAAGAGCAUGGAGGGAUUUGUAUGUGAGGAGUAGGAUUUUGUAGGUGAUGCGUAGCUUCACUGGGAGUCAGUGAAGCUGCUUGACUUUGGGGGUAAUGUCACCGCUUUGCACGUGUGAGGACCCUGGCAGCCGAGUUUUGGACAUGCUGAAGUCUGUCCAGUGCUUUGGUGGGAAGACCAAAAAGGACACCGUUACAGUAGUCCAGACGGGAGGAGAUGAAAGCAUGGAUCAGAGGAUUUAUUACUCUGUCAAUAUCUACCAGCCAGCCAUUAUAUCAACGCCAAAUAACGGCACAACCAUCACAAAAACCAAUACAUACAUCUGUUCCUUUUAGGCCCUGCAUCCCGAUCAGUUCCCAAACUUCAGGAGAUGAUCAAAGCAGGACUGAACAUCGCCCGUCUCAAUUUCUCUCAUGGCUCACAUGAAGUACGUUCACGACACGUGACUGUGUGUUUUAUUUUCCAUCACAAUUCUUAGACACAUCUAUUGAUUUGCUCUCUGUCUUGCUCUUUGCCUGUCAGUACCACGGUGAAACCAUCAAAAACAUCCGAGAGGCUGUGGAGACGAUAACCCCUGACCCCUUGUAUUAUCGUGCAGUCGCCAUCGCCUUGGAUACAAAGGGUCCGGAGAUCCGCACUGGGUUGGUCAAAGGGGUAAACGAAACAUCUUUCAUCAAUCUGACAGAGUACAUCCAGUCAAGCAGUGACAUUCAGUCAGGUGUAAGAGGGCUGAAAAUCUGCUGACGGCUUCAUGUCAACAUUUUGAACAGAUUUUUACCCACAAGAUCUUGAGCCUUUCUUUUGCUCCUACUUUAUCUCGCAGUGAUAUCCUUUGUGUUGUUAAUCCAUUCUGUUUAACUAAACAAAUAACUCCAAGCUGUUUGAAACCUCUUCAUGCUUAGAUUAGAUUACAAAUACUCGGCAUGAUGUAUGAGAUGCACUCUAAUUCUUGCUUUUCAUUUUCUCUCUUGUAGAGUCUGUUCAGCAGGUUUAUGCAAAUCAAACACGGACAUGAUAAAACUGUAUUUUUAGCGUUUGUGAUCUUGUUAUUGUUUUCUCACCAAAUAAUUCUCAUAUUGCUGCCCUGAAUGUCAUGAACACUGAAGUCCUUCUUGCAUGCUAUAGCAAAAAAUAUAACCACACACUGGCACUCAGUCCUCUGAUGUGAAUUACCAGAAAUAAUAACUAACCACAAGCUUCUGUCAUCAAAACUCUGAGGUUUGUGGAAGCUCUGGAUUCGCAUAAAUCAAACAUUCAUAAAUCUAAUCUGCCUGUGGAGUUGAAUCGAGCCACCCGGCUGACAUGCAGGAUGUGGAUUAACGAAAACAAACAAACAGAGGAAGGAUCUUUCUCUCUCUGUACUAGAAAGACAAAUAUUUGUUUGGGUUUGUUUUACUCACAGAUACUAGUUCACUAUAUACAACACCAGCAUGCUUCCACAGUGAAGGAACAGUGCUUUUGUUUUGCUAUAUUUUCAAGUAGUUUCUCCUGUAUUUUGUUUUUAAUUGAAGAGAGUCAGAAAAUGUUUGGAUGACAGAACCCACAGCUGCUGCAACAGGGACUGAAACUACUAGACAUGGGGCUUGCACCUUUGAACACUGAGCUAUACCAGUGCCUCGGUGUUAAUAUGAACUCAAUAUGUUUGUUUGGAGCUGCUGCAUGAUCCAGUUUUUGUUUCUUCUUUUGCCAUUUUCCUACAUGAAGCAGUUUGAUUGAAUGUCUAUAUCUUUGUGCAGACACAGCAGAGAUGUUAGCUGCAGGGGUAGUUUCUUUGAAACAGCUGGUGAAUCCACAGUCCUUUAUAGGGGCCUGGGUUUUGGCCUUAGAAUAAAAUCUAAAUUAUGUAGUUAUCUUAAUAACUCAUUUGUCGACUGACCUUAAAAAGUGCAAAUAAAGUGUAUGUAAUGGUGGUGGUUAUUGCGUUCCUUUCUCUCUCCUAUUAUGUGUAGAAAACCGAGGAGGAGGUGGAGCUGGUAAAGGGCAGCCAUGUGCGUGUGGUGACAGCAGAGAGCGAUAAAGACAAUACAGAUGGCAAGAUUAUCUGGGUGGACUAUCCCAGCCUGCCCCAAGUUAUGAAGAAGGGGGGCAUAAUCUACAUCGAUGAUGGUCUCAUUGGACUCAAAGUCCUGGAGACAGGUAAGACAUGUCUGCUGCUCAUUGGCCUUGAAAUACGACUGAUGAUUCAUUGUUUUCUUCUGUUUUGAGGGAUAAAUUCCUCUAAUUUAUCUAACAAUAACAACUAAUACAUAUAUAAUAUCACAAUCAUGCAUAAGCAUACAGAAAACACUGAAACAAAGGUUAUCAUGAACACUAAUGGUCUUUUCUUUCUACCAUUAUUAUAUUCUCCCUGCUGAGUCAUUUUAACUUUUUUUCAAAGCCCUCACUGCAGUUUAUACAAAGCCCCCUUUUUUAAUUUUGCUGCCUCAUUCAUCGUCUAGCCAAAAAAAUACCCAAAAUGCCUCACUAUUCAGUCACAUAAUGAUCAACUGUCUUUUACUCUGAAUAGGAUUAUUCUGAGAGGAUAACCUUGCUUAGCUGAGUAACCUUUUUAUGAAAAGACAGUUUUCUUGGAGCCUUUCAGUCCCCUGAUAAAGUAUGUUCCUCCUCUAUUAUGUUGCUAAUGUAGUCGGGAUCAUAUCUUUGGCUCUACAGGCUGCUGUAAUCCUCAGCUCGCCUAAUAAAUAAACUAAAGGAACAUCAAAUUCAUCCAUACACGGUCCACCUGUAAUUGCCAACAAAAUUAUACGAUUUCUUUUUUGUUUUGGUCUUUAAAAAUCUUUAAAUUUGUUACUUUCUCCCAAAAGAAGAACUCUUUGUAUGCUCAUUUUUCAUGCAUGAACUUCACAGAGAUUCACCACAGUUAAGGUUGAGUCUUCAGAGCAUGACGAUCAAGAGAAGUUGAUUUGUUUGCCUUCCAUACAACGACUCAGAAUAAUAACUCAGUGAACAUGUUAUUUUCUUCCUCCUCUCCUGCAGGCUCUGACUGGGUGGAUACAGAGGUGGAGGCUGGCGGGAUACUGUGCAGUCGUAAAGGUGUAAACCUUCCUGGCUGCGAUCUGAUUGGCCUGCAGGCUGUCAGUGAGCGAGAUGAAGCUGAUCUUCGGUUCGGAGUGGCCCAAGGCGUGGACAUUGUAUUUGCAAGCUUUAUCCGCUCUGCCCAGGAUGUCAAAGAUGUGCGACGAGUUCUCGGAGCACACGGACGAGAUAUCAAAGUGAUCAGUAAGGUGGAGAGCCGGCAGGGGGUUCAGAAGUGAGUAUAUAAAGGCAAAUCUCCCUGAAUGAAAACCAUUUACACAGAGACAUUUUAAAAUAGCUAGAGGCUGUGAGAGGAAUUACAAAUGUAGCCCUGAUGGUGAUGGUCCCAUCCUGUGGACAGCCAACUCUGAGUGAUUGAUGCACAGAUGUCAGCCCAGGAUGUCACACAUCUAUGAUAAGCAAUGUGUGCCUGUGAUGUGGCAGUGUGAAUUAGAGCUGCCACUCAAUAAAUCUGACUCAAUUAAUGUCACAGCUCUGUCAUCCCCAUUACUUACCUCUCACUCUCUCCUGAUGCUCUCUGGCAGCUGACAGGGUUAAACUAUGGCUCUUAUUUAAAUUGAAUAUUGUGGAUUAGAUUAUCAAGAUUGUGUCUAACACAGUAAUAAAGCUGUAAACAAAUCUCAUUAAUCAAAAGUCCUGUAUGGUAUUUACUGUGUAAGCACUCUUCCUUGAAUGUGCAUCUCUUUGUGCAGCAUUUACAAUGUCAGAACCCAUCAGCUAUGGUCUGACAACAGCAAUUAUUAUUCAUAUAAUUGUUGUCACAAUAAUGGCAUUAUGCCUCUAGGAGGAAUGGCAGAUUAUUCCCAUUGUAGGCAGUAGUUAGUAAUAAAUAAAGCCAAGUCUUUCUUUUCCAUGCUCUGUAUUUAACAAUGCAAUUACAAACUAGAAAAAAUGACUAUCUAUUCAAGAGCAAAGUGAAAUCCUCCAUUCAGAGAGCCACAUAAUUAAACCCAUUAUUUCUUCAUAUGUUCCUGGUGAGUCUCAGUAUCACUGUAAAUAGUCACACAGAGUCCUUCCUUCAGCGGUAUGGACCAGAAAAAUAAAUGUACAUUUUUUGGUUGUUGCUGGUUUUUGUAAGAAAAAACUAUGAGCUGCACUCAUUUGCAGAUAUCGGUAUCACGCCUAUCUCUAUAGUGCAUUAUAAACUUAUGUAUAAUACGUUAUAACCAGGUUACAGCACUGUAUAACUACAGUUAUAAACACUCAUAAAUGAUCAUAAUGCUUUAUAGCAAUAAUCAUAACACAUUAUAAAGCAUUUUAUCAUGACUUACAAGCUCAGAUAUUAUAAUGUGUUAUAACUGUUAACAACUCACUGACAAUGCCCACAUAGAUAAUGCAUUAUACAUAUAUUUAUGAUGUGUUAUAAUUUGCUUAUAAGCUUGUAUAACUAUCAUUAUAAACUCUCAUUAAUUAUCAUAAGGCUCUAUAGCAAUAAGAAUAACACAUUAUAAUACCUGACUAUAUAAGUCAAGAUAAAAUGCUUUAUAAUGUGUUGUGAUUAUUGCUAUAAAGCAUUAUGAUCAUUUAUGAGUGUUUACAACUGUAGUUAUACAGCACUAUAACAUGAUUAUGAUGCAUUAUACAUAUAUUUAUAAUGCUUAAUAGAGAUAGGCGUCAAGUGAAGUGUUACCCAGAUAUCUGUUAAAUCAUAUUUGGAUCUUCGGAGUUUCCAGCCAGGAUGUUGUUGGGAAAGAUGGUUCAUCGUACACUUUUGCUCUUUGUAUGCACUGUUUUCACUGCAUAUGACAAAGCCUGCUGGUUUGUGAUUGGUCAUUAUUCCUCAGACAACAAACAACAAGAAGGCUUAUCAUUCUGCAACCCAGGCCCUCGGAUACAGGUUCAACUUUUUGUGCAGAAUCUGUGAAUUCAGAUGAUAACAUCUGUUACUGUUCACAUGUAUGCAUGUGGCCUUACUUCAGGGGAUGUAAAAUUGGAUCAUCCUGUCUUUUCUAUGGUAUUUUUAGGCUCCAGAAGCUGAAAAAAACUCUAUUUUUACAGAUGAAAAUCAGCAUGUUUCCUGUAUAAAGGAAUGAACACAAAGAGAGAAACAGCGCUGUCAUUGGUUUUGUCCUUCCUGUCUCAGCUUCCUCAUUUUUGUUUCCAACUCCAUCCUUUUUUUCCCCUCAUUUAACUCUCAAUCCUGCCUCAUAUAUCCUCUCCAUAAUCUCUCUGUCAGUUUUGAGGAGAUUUUGGCUGAGAGUGACGGCGUGAUGGUUGCCAGAGGUGACCUGGGGAUUGAGAUCCCAGCAGAGAAGGUUUUCAUCGCACAGAAGAUGAUGAUUGGACGCUGCAACUCCGCCGGCAAGCCUGUCAUCUGUGCCACACAGGUCAGGGGCGAACCCAUACACAAGCAUGCACCAACAAAAGCACACAGAUAAAGGAUGCUGAUAUGAUAAAAUAUGCAAACACUGUCUCUCACAACAGUUUUAUUUAUUCUGAUGUGGGUCCAAAAACAAUGAAAGCUAACAGGCACACAUUAACCUUGCGCCUAUGCAAACACACACACACUGGACCUUUAAAUGUAUCAUCAAAACACAGACACACACAUAUUUCCUCUCUUUCACACCCUUCUUUCAUUGAACACACACACAAACACACACGAGCACACACGCUCCUGCAGCCAUGUUGCGUCACUGUGCUAUAUUGUGUUUAUGCUACAGCCCCCUGACUCAGAGUGACAGUGUUAUAGCAGCUUUUCUGCCCAAGACCUGAGCUCACUAACAACGCCCACAUACACACACAUGCGCGUGUACACAUAAACACACACACACUUAGCAGCAUUAGCAGCAGCUUUUUAACUGCUACGAAAUUUCAGUCUCUCACAAUGCUGCCAGCUAUCUCAUUUCCCAACUGUCUGCCGAGCUUAUUGACUCAUAACACUGAGACUCAGACAUGCCAAUAAUGAUCACGCGCAGACAUUGCCCGCUUCAGUCCAAAUGAUCUCUCCUCUUUUAUUGUCUAACAGACCAAAAGACCAUAACUCCCUCUGUUCUCUCCCUAAAGCCUGUUCAAUUAAAAGAUGACACACAGUAAGGAUUGUUUUGUUUGGGGGGGUUGAUACUAUUAUCUCAAGUGUCUCAUGGAAACAUGUUGGUUGUGAUUAAAUGUGAAUUUAAUGUGUAGUGCAUGUUGUGUAGAUGCUGGAGAGCAUGGUAGCCCACCCACGGCCAACCAGAGCGGAGAGCAGUGACGUCGCCAACGCCGUGCUGGACGGAGCUGACUGUGUCAUGUUAUCUGGGGAGACUGCCAAGGGACAGUUUCCAGUGGAGGCGGUCGCAAUGAUGCACUCAGUGAGUGUGUGUGUGUGUGCUUUUUAUGAGGUCCACCCUGUUACAUAUGACUUAGUGCUCUCUGAUUUUCCCUCCCCUUUUCUUUCUUUCUCUCUUCUUGACUCUGUGUCACAGAUCUGCAGAGAAGCAGAAGCAGCCAUUUUUCACCAGCAGCUGUUCGAGGAGCUCCGUCGCCUCACUCCUCUCUCCUCUGACCCCACAGAGGUCACAGCUAUUGGAGCUGUGGAGUCCUCCUUCAAAUGCUGCGCUGGGGCCAUCAUAGUCCUGACGACCAGUGGCAAGUAUGUAUCAAAAAAUAACAAGCAGACAAAAAGAUAUUGUUUUGGUUUUUAUACUAUCCUCAUAUGGGUCACUAUUGCAACCCAUAACUGCAUGUCAAGUCUUUUUUGAUUUGUGGAAAUCCAACCAGGGGAACAGACUUACACAGGGGUGACAGGAUACAUGAGUGUGAAUGUUCAUGUAAAUGAAUAUCAUUAAUUCAUCUCUUCUGACUCCACUUAAAUUGUUCAAUUUUAAAUUUAUUUCUUCCAAUUCUGUGAAGAAUUUGUUUACUUAAAGACAACUGCAUGGCACAAUUUAAUUCAUCCAUCCUUAAAUCUUUGAGGGCUCAAAAAGGAGGCAUUAUAAGUCCAAUGACUUACUAUGAAAAGGAAAUUUACUACAUUGUGAAGUAAAGACAACUAUUAGACUGUUACAGCACUGCCCAACUAGCUGAUUAUAGAAGAAGACUCGCCUAUGACACAUCAAAUAACCAAUCACAUUUGAAGAUUCUUGGGUGGCCAAUCAAAGAGGGCUCGUACCACCCCUAGCUGCUGCUCUGGACAUACCCCUGUAAAGGUCACAUAUUCACAUCUUUUCAACACAUUUACUGAUGUUUGUGUAAUUCGAGAAAAACAAAAUGUCAAAAAGACCCCCAGGCAGACAGACAGGCUGUCUCACAGUGGGCGCUGUACUGUAGGCUGCCAGGCUUCUGCUUACAAGAGUAAUUUUUUGGCUUUAUUUAUAAAGGAUGUUAAUAAAAAAGUGAAUUUAAAUUAAAUAUCUGUACCUGAAUAACUACAGCCCCCUUCAUGAAAGCCUGUUGCUUUUUCAUACAAAUCCACAACCCCACACUACUCUCCUACCUUCAUCCUCUUUCCAUUAAGAAAACACCUCAGUAUUGGCAAGAGACAACAAAAUAAAGAGUCGUGAAAUAGACCUGAGUAAACAGACUCGUGUUUUCAGAGUUUCUCUUCCUCCCCAUGGACAGACACACACACACUUCUUCGAGAAGUAACAGCUGUUAUCUUCUAUCCCUGAGCAAAGCUGCAGAUUGAAUAUUACAUGCCAUCCCUGAAUCCUCAGGGCAGGGUUUUAUGUUGACUGUGAUGUUUACUGUGUUCUGCUCGUGUUUUUUUCCUGCAUUUCAACAGCUUGCUGUGUAAACUUGCUCCUCUACAUUGCAAUAUAAGGCCUCUAUUGUGCAAAUAAUUGUGUAAAUAAACACAAAGACAAACAUACAGGGAAAAAAAAUGUACUAAAGGGUUACAUAACAUAAACAUAUAACAUAAACUAAGUCCUGCAAGCAUACAUGGGUACUCCACUCAAAAAUGAUAAAGUUAUUCUUAUUCUUAUUCUCAAGGGUAAAUCAACAAUACUGUAUAUGUAGGAACAAAAACAUGCCAAUCCUUUCAUUGUGCUGUGCGCUGUGGCAUGAGUGUAAAACCCUUGCAGAUCCAAUUUGAUCCUUGCAGGAAAACAAGACAACAUCAGUGUUCUGUGUUUAUAGUAGCAAAUCUGACUUCACAGGCAAUUUUUCAAAAGGGAACAGUUAACUAAAGCGCCCUCAGCCCAACUAAAACUAAGGACCUUAUCGGAGCUGAACAGAGGACAUGGGAACAUGUUUUAGGAGAGAUGUAAAGUUUUUAUGUGCCUACACUGAUAACAUAUUUUCUUUUCAUUCCCUCAGGUCGGCACACCUCUUGUCCAGGUAUCGCCCCCGCUGUCCCAUUAUUGCCGUCACCAGAAGCCCCCAGGUACGGUCGCCUCAAUAAUCUGGCAGCAGUACAGUUCUGUUGCUCUAAACACGACUUUACUAUCUAUGAAUCACAUUUUUCAGAACUGAGGAAAACAGUCAGUAUUUACUCUCAGUGACUGUGGUAAAUGGUGACAGCUCUAAAUAUAACAGAACAGCCUGUCUGAGUGAAUUUAUGUGUGGUAUUUAAAUGGCGUGUAUUAUUGUUUUAUGGGGGUUUCUGUUCAGGGACAGUAGUUCUUUAAUUAUUCACACAAAAUGUACAAAACUAAAUUGUGAUUUCUUUUCCUUUUAAAGCCAUCUAGAAGUAACUCGUACAAGAUCAACAUGCUAGAAUAAUUUAAUAGUUAUCUACUAUUCUCAGAACGAUAGAUAAUUGUGAGAGAUGGGAGGUUUGGCUGUAAAGGCCCCAGUCAUAUUAAAGGCUUAAAACCUUUUAACACCGAGAACAUAGAUAAUGUCGCUACACAACAGAUCGUGUUUGUUACGAUUAAAGGUUGGGUAAAAGCUUUUUUGUAUAUACACCACAAAAAAAAAGAUGCUGCUUUAAUGAAAUCCUGCCUACCCCACCUUUAAGGUAAAUCACACUUCAAUGAAAAUGUUUCAGCAAAGGUUUUUGCUUUGCUCAGUCAUGAAAAUACUUUUCCGUACAAGAAACUUUCAAUCUCCCUUACUUUAUAUAUUUUUUGUACAAAAGUGGAAACUUACAGAUCUUACAUUGUCACAAAUCCUCAAAAAGAAACCAUCUAUGAGAGGUAAUAACUCUUCGGUUGACCUAAUUAUGACAUAUUUGACUAACCAUCACCUGAGACAAGGAGUCAUAACUGAAAAAAGAAUGAAAAUAACUUGAUAACAUUUAUAACAAGUCAUUUGUCCCUUUAAGGUUCACACUCAUAUCAGCCUGAGAGUUUUAGAAAUCUGUCAGCUCAUGGUUUAUUAGCUCACUUGUGAGCUGGCCCAGUAAUAUCAGGCUCCUGUUACAUAACAGCACCUAUUGGAUCACUCUCCACUUUCGCUGUCUCUGUCCUCUCCCUCAGGUGGCCCGUCAGUCUCAGCUGUUAAGAGGAGUGUUCCCCGUCCUCUUCCACCCUCUGCCUGCUCCUGUCUGGGCCGACGAUGUAGACAACAGGGUCGACUUUGGCAUGGACAUAGGUCAGUGUUUGAAUGUGAGCUCACUCAUUUAUAUCACAUGAUACUUUAUUCCUCAUACACUUUCCUCUUUUUUUCUUCCCCCUCCUCAGGGAAAGCAAGAGGGUUCUUCAAGUCAGGCGACAUGGUGAUUGUGGUGACAGGCUGGAUCCCAGGGUCCGGUCAUACUAACAUUAUGAGAGCAGUCAAUGUCCCAUAA